GGCGGCGGUGCUUGGGGCUCCAGGCUUCCCGCCUCCCCUCUCUGCCCGCUCCCAUCCUUCCCUCCAGCUAUGCCGGCCCUGCUCGUGGCCCUGCUGCUCCCUCUGCUUCUCCUGCUCUUCUUCUCCAGGCAGAAGCAGGCGGGCAGGAAGUACCCCCGGAGCCUGCCUUCCUUGCCCAUCAUCGGGAGCCUGCUGUCCCUCUACAACUCGGAACACCCGCACCUGAUCUUGAGAGACCUCCAGAAGAAAUACGGCAGCACCUUCUCCUUGUGGAUGGGCUCCCAGUACACCGUGGUGAUCAACCAUCACCUCCCGGCCAAGGAGGUCCUCUUGAAGAAGGGCAAGGACUUCGCCGGGCGUCCUUCUCUGGUGACCACCAACAUCCUUUCCCAAGAUGGCAAAGACAUCGCCUUCAGCAACUUCGGCCCCAUGUGGAAGCAGCAGCGCAAACUGGUGCAGUCAGCUUUCGCCAUGUUCAAGGAUGGAUCCCUGCAUGUGGAGAAGAUCGUCAACCAGCAAGCGGCAUUCCUGUGCAAAUUACUGGCCGAAAGACAAGGCACCUCCUUUGACUUCAGCCGAGAAAUCUUCUUGGUGGUGUCCAACGUGGUGUCCCACCUUUGCUUCAACUCCUGCUUCGAGCUGGGGGACCCGGAGCUGGACCAAUUGCUGAUGAACAGCGAGCACAUCAUCAACACUAUCGCCAAGGACAGCCUCGUAGACAUCUUCCCGUGGCUGAGGGUGUUCCCCAACAAAGAGCUGAGGUUGCUGAAAAAGAGCGUGGAGAUCCGAAACAAACUGCUGAAGAAACGAUUCAAAGACCAUCAAGAGAAAUUCAGCAGCGAGUCCAUCGUUGACCUGCUGGAUGUGUUGCUGAGGGCCAAGAUGAACAUGGACAACAACAACAGCCGAAUGCCUCAGGAGCCCAGCAUGACGGAUGACCACGUGAUCAUGACGAUUGGGGACAUUUUUGGUGCUGGUGUGGAGACCACCUCCUCUGUGCUCAAGUGGUUCAUCGCCUUCCUGCUGCACUACCCCCAGGUGAAGAAGAAGAUACAGGAGGAGAUUGACAGGAAGAUAGGAUUCAGCCGCACGCCUGCGCUCAGCGACAGGAACCAGCUGAUCUACCUGGAGGCCUCCAUCCGUGAAAUCCUCCGCAUCCGGCCCGUGACCCCACUCCUCAUCCCCCACAUAGCAAUGAAAGACUCCAGCAUCGGCGAGUACACUAUCCACAAAGGCACCAGGAUAAUGAUCAACAUCUGGUCCCUGCAUCACGACGAGAUGGAGUGGCGCAACCCUGACCGGUUUGAACCAGAUCGCUUCCUGGACAAGAAGGGCGAACAACUCAUCUCGCCAUCCUCCAGCUACCUGCCCUUCGGGACUGGGCCCCGCGUCUGUCUCGGGGAAUCUCUGGCCCGCAUAGAGCUCUUCCUCUUCCUGGCCUGGAUCCUGCAGAGGUUUGACUUCGAGGUCCCAGAAAAUGGGGAGAAGCCCAAUCUGGAGGGGAAGACGGGGGUGGUGUACCAGGUGCUGCCGUUCCAGGUGGUGGUCAAGUUGCGGAAGGGCUGGAUGGGCACUGAGGUCAGAGAGUAGAGCUGGGCCAGCAGGGCCCAAUUCAACCAGCUCAGAGUGGCGGAAGACCAAGAGAGACACUGAGAUAGAGAUGAAGAAUGUGCGGGUGCCCACGUGUGUGUGUGUGUGUGUGUGUGUAUGUGUGUACGUGCACCUGUGUGUGUGUAUCUCCCUUGUGUGUGCAUGCGGGUAAGAGGGAGACAUUGCAGCACAGAUCAAAUUUUCACUCCAGGAUCGGCCCUAAGAAGCUGCCUCCUUCGGCUUCCAAGUGGUUUGGUCUGGUGAAACGUUCCCCUCUUUCCCCCUGAAUGGACUCUGGAGAGUUAUCAUUCCAUAAAACUUUUCAUUCUGGGCUGGGUAACUCCAGCUCCUAUUGUUCUCAUCGGUCAGUGAUAUUUACUGAGGCGCUUACCGUGUGCAGAGCAAUGUACUAAGCGCUUGGGAGAGUACAGUACCAUAAAUGACCAGUGAGCUGCUACACAAGCUUCCUCACCCUCUGUCCUGCAGCCCCUGGCAGAACAAAACAUGUCUGUCACUUGGCCUCAGCGCUAAGGCAACUGGGGGGAGAAAGUCGUGUCAGAUCCCCCUCCCUCCACCGCUCCCCCCACUUCGCAACCCUAGAACUCUGAAAUAGAUAGGACAGUAAAAUGGAACACUUUGCACAUGAACGACAAUCAAAUAAACUGCAAAGAAUGAACACUGAAUGAAUGAAUACAACCAGUCUGCUACGAAA